AUGAGCUAUGAAGAAUACAAUAAGAGGAGAAAUGAAAAUUCAGAAAAUAUUCAAAACGUGAAACCUGUCAGUCUCAAUGAAACAUGUUCUGCAUCACAGAUAGUCUUAGAGCAUGAUCCCGACAAAGUAAAGUCUUCCAUGAGUACUAAUUCAGCAAUGCGACUGACAAAUAGGGCAUGGGAAUUAAGAAUGCAAGCAUGCAGAAAAAAUAGCGCUUCUAACCAACAACUUGGUCACUGUUCUCAUGAAACGACUCUACCGUUUCAAAAAAAACUUUCUCCCAUAAACUUACAAAGUAGUCUUAUAGUAUGUCACCGUUCUGCAAUGGGUACUUUUAUCGGAAACCAUAAUCAACCUACCACAGUAAGAAACCUAAUUACACCAAACAUAACAGAAAGAAAUAAGACAAAGAUUCCUAUCUCAAAUCAUCAUGAUGCCCCAGCAAAUAUAUCAAGUCAAUUAUUGCAAACAAAAAUUCCAUGUCCUAUUCCUUUAACAAAAUCUUCAAAAACUGGAGAUCAUAUUGAGCUGCUUGACACUGAAUCAACAAAUCGGAAUACUGAACGAAAUGAAAAAGAAUGUGGAGAAUAUAAAUGUAAUGAGUUCAUAUUUCCAGAUGACGGUAAUUUUCAAGUGAACUCACAAAUCUGUAAGGGAAAGAAUAUUUCAUCACAGAGACAAAAUUAUCCAACUUCCCCUAAUACAGAUAUAUGGAAGCAAUUGAUAACAUCACGAAAAGAGGAAUGCGAAUGCACUGGAAACCAAGAUGACACCACAAUUACGAAAGCGCAUAAAGAAGUACAAACUUAUUUCAUAACAGAAAAUAAAGAAGCUAGUGAUGCUGAUUAUCCUAUUAUGCAUCCAGAUAACGAUACAAUGAACCAGUCAGCUGUUGACUAUGCCAAGAAGAAAAUUAUACAUAGAAAACGUGUUGAGACUAGUAAUGGGGAAAAAUACUCCCCAAUGAUGAUUUUCCAUAGAGUAAAGGAAGAGUCUGUUUCACAGGAUGGUGGUGAAUGUAAGUUAUCGACUAAAAGUGAUUCAUGUCAGUUGGAGCAAGCUUUACUAAGUCAUACUAAAAUAAACCAUGGGCCUAAUGAUGUAAAACAAAAAUUUGAGUCAAUCCCGUCGAAUUCAGAAUUAAGUUCAGACACUCUUUCGUACAGAAAGAAAAUCCAUAAAAUUUUUUUAUGUUUCAGUAUGCAACCAUCUACAAAUGUAAAACCGACUACUGACAAAGAAAAAGCAGAAACGACAACUAAUCUCGUUUCCUGGGUUAACACUGACCAAGGUCAAACAGUCGAUCACGUUAAAAAUAGUAAAUAUAAGCAAUCUAGUGACCCUUGCGGUAAAAUUAACGACGAAGUGAGAAAAAAUCACUAUUCCCAACAGGCAGUAAUAGGACAAAAAUUACGAUAUCACGGUGUAUUGGCACAUUAUACGAUUAUAUUUAAGCACAUAAUGAAAAAAGUCAAUCGGCAAAUAACAGGACUAUAUCACCAACAUGAUCAGGGAGUAAAUGAAGCACAAAGAGAAUUUCAUGCACUUCGUAGGCGUUUAACUGACAUUUCAGAGAAAAUUGAUAAUAUAUAUCACCAACUUAGUGAUCAUAAAAUGAUUUUGGACACGAUAACCAGAGCUGUAGAGUCAAACAAAUCAGUUUACACUUGUAACAAUCGUUUAUUUAAUAACAAGUAUGAUGAUCAAAAUAUUGAUGAUAAUCAGCACUCUCAGACUAUAACACCUGCUAUUAUUGCCGACGAUGAGACGGAUUGGAUCGACUCCAAUACUGGAGAUGACCGUACAGAAAUUUGUACAGGACAUAGUCCAGGCACAAAUUCUAAAUCAAAAAAAGUGAACAAAAACAAUCUUUCCGAAGAAGAAUAUACAAUAAUAACAGAAAAUAAUUCACAUAUUUCAAGUCAACUUAAUAAACCAGCUGAAAAUACUAAAAAGCAAUAUCAUCCAAAAAAUCGAGAAAGUUGUAGUUCAUAUGUAUUUGAUGAGACACAAAAUCUAGGUGUAUUUUCAUUAGACACUAAAAUAGCACAAACGAGGAAUCAACCAUAUGACUAUCAAGAUGCCGAUAGUCUAAAUGAAAUAAUAGUGCAUAAAGAAGUGGUGUCUAGUGAUUCAGUGACUUCAUCGCCACCUACACUUACUUACAUACAACAGAAGAAUACUGGCGAAAAUCUCAGUGAAAAAAAAUCACUACAACAUUACUAUUGUUUAGCUUAUCUGAAUCAAGAUGCAGGGACCUCUUCAGAAUUCAUACAUGCACCAAACAGUAAAAGUAAACAGGAUAGUGAAAUCGUUUUUCAAAAUAAACUACUAGUAAGCAGUAACAACAAACCAUAUAGUCAAUUAUCUCGAGAAACUGUAAAGAAAGUGAAUGAACUUUUACAAUCUAAGCACCCAGUACCCCAAUAUAAUACCUCUGCUGAUGCAUCGCCAGCUUCAUAUGAUGCAGCGAAUCUACCAGUUGGCUGUGGUCAAAAGCAACAACUACACAUGCCCAAAUCAACCAGAGCAUCCACACUAAACAGAACAAGUCAUCCUAUACAAUACUCAAGUCGUAAAUAUACACCACAAAAAUACCCUAGAAUACCGGGUAAACAUUUUCAAAAUAGUAUUAGACAAACUACAGCACCAGUUAAAACAAAAAAGUGGUAG